AUGGAGCUGGGAGGAUCUUCCGGACUCGUCAAUAUCGGAGGCGGUAGUGAAGAUGCGCACUACCGCUACAAGAUGCCUCGCAUCAUGGGCAAGAUUGAGGGCAGGGGGAACGGCAUCAAAACAAGAAUCGUGAACUGCUCCCAAAUUGCCAAGGCGCUGCACCGGCCGCCGGGGUAUAUCUGCAAGUUCUUCGGCUGUGAGCUCGGAGCGCAGACCAAGAUCAGCGAUGAUGAAGAUGUAUACAUCGUGAACGGCGCGCAUGAUCAGAAACUGUUAGCCGACACGCUUGACAAAUUCGUGCGGAUGUUUGUUUUGUGUCCAAGCUGCAAUAUGCCGGAGACGGACCUCGUCAUCGAUAAGCGCGGCAACAUAUACCACGUCUGUAACGCGUGCGGUGCGCAACAUCUCGUUGACAUGAGCCACCGCGUGACCACCUACAUGUUGAACAACCCCCCUGAUGGCGCUAGAUCGAAGAAAUCUGGCAAGUCGAAAAAGGAGCGGAAGGAGUCGAAGAAAAAGAAAGGGCACGAAAAAGGCUCAAAUGUACACGAGGAGGCACCGGAUGCGGACGACGCACCUGAUUCCGGAACGGACGGCAAAACGAAAAAGAAAAAAUCGAGCAAGCGGCGAGAUGGGGAAACAGAAGAGGCGUACCGCGAGCGCCGAGCGGCAGAGAAGGCGGCGCGUCGUCAGGAACGUGCUGCGCAAAAGGCUGGUGCGUCUGCUCCCUGGCACGCAAAUGGAACCGAAGCGCUCGUUGCACCCACGGAUUUGGACGCGUUGGCUCAAGAAGCGGAGGCCAUGAACGCUGCACUGAAUCAGAGACGUCGCCAGACAAAUGCUACCGGCCAGGAGGACUCUGAGCUGGACGAAUCCGGUAGCGGCGAUACCAGCCCGAGCUCACCAGCCGCUGCGCAGCCGCAUGGAUUCCCGUCUGAUGCGGCUCAGCGGCACGCUGGCGAUCGCGGCAUGCGCACGGCAUCCCACAAGUCCGGUGGGCAUCUCGAGAGCGAUCGCAAUGCGUUGCGUCCAAAUGGUGACCACCACUACAACGACGAUGACGACCAUGAAGAUGAUGAUGACGACGAUGACGACGACGGCGAAGACCCGCAAGCAGACGGCGACUGGACUGCACACGACGAUCAGACGACGUCCCAAAUGAAACUGGCGGCUGCGAGAGCAGCGGCGCUCCUGACCAAUGCCGGAGUGAAUGGCAACGGGGAAUCGCCUCAGCGUGCCGUGAGCAAGACAACGUCGAAACUGGACGAACUGCACCUCGUCAGUAGCAAAGGAACAGUGCAACGCGCUACCACAGAUGUGUCCGUGGACGACGAGAAGCUGGAUCGUUUUGAAGCGUGGCUUCGCCAAGGUCACCAUUCUCCCGCGUCCAUUGCCAGCGAAGCGCGCAAAUAUUUCCCGAACGAUAGCGCCAGUGCUGCGCAAGCGAUCUUUUGUGCUGUUGUUGCGCACGCCGCGCAUCCGGAAUGCAGACCCGGAGAAUCCCCCGCGCGGCACGCAGUGCACGCAGUCGAUGCGCUGCGUGCGCUUUCGCUCAAUCACGCAGCACAGGCGCGCCUGUUGGAUGCGUUCGAGGCAUUGGCGGGGGUCGGAUCGGACGAGGCGCGCAACCUAGCGCCCUCGGAUGUGCAGCGUGGAGCCAAGCUUAGUCUCCAGAGUCGUCUGAAUUCGAUACCCCACAUCCUGAAACUGUUUUAUGAUGAGGAUAUUCUGGAUGAACAGGUGAUUAUCGAUUGGUUUACUCGGAGAUCGCCAGGUUCAUCGACCGCGGCGGGCGAGCGGGCACGGGAUGCGGCCAAGCCGCUCGUUGAAUGGCUGCAGCAACCCAGCGAGGCAGAGGACAGUACUGAGGAAUAG